CUUAGAAAGUGGGGCGAUCCAAAAUUCCCAUGUCUUCUCUUCGCUUUCGCAUCCGACCUAGGGCUUCACUUGGCCUCCUAUCUGUCGGAUCGAUCCCCGUGGAUGGUGGCAGGCCGGCGCGGCUUCCAAGGAUUCGGCGACCAAUUUAGAUUCUGCAGAAAUGGUGAGGCUCCAAACAUAUGCUGGGUUCAGUUUCCUGGCCACCAUUACAGCAAUAUAUUAUGCAUUUAACAGCAGAGGGCAAUUUUAUCCAGCUAUGGUGUAUCUCUCCACUUCAAAGAUCUGUUUUGUGCUUCUUUUAAACAUGGGUCUGGUCAUCAUGUGUAUAAUGUGGCAGCUAGUCAAGCGUUUGUUUCUUGGUUCUCUAAGAGAAGCAGAAGUUGAGAGGCUGAAUGAACAAUCAUGGAGGGAGGUCAUGGAGAUCCUUUUUGCUAUCACCAUAUUCCGGCAAGAUUUUUCUGUAUCUUUUCUUACAAUGGUCACUGCCCUUCUAUUGAUCAAAGCCUUGCACUGGUUGGCUCAAAAGAGAGUUGAACAUAUUGAGACAACUCCAUCUGUACCUAUGCUGUCUCACAUACGCAUAGUAUCUUUCAUGGUGUUUCUUCUUGUUCUGGAUUGUCUUUUCUUAUAUAAUUUUUUGAAGUCCUUGAUACAGACACGGCAAGCAUCGGUUGCUCUCUUCUUUUCAUUUGAAUAUACAAUUCUAGCAACAACAACUGUGUCAAUGUUUGUCAAAUAUGUUUUCUAUGUGAGUGACAUGCUUAUGGAAGGGCAGUGGGAAAGGAAGGCUGUUUAUACUUUUUACCUGGAACUUGUUCGAGACCUUCUUCACCUGUCUCUAUAUAUAUUUUUCUUCCUAGUCAUUUUCUUGAACUAUGGUAUCCCAUUGCACUUGAUCCGUGAGCUCUAUGAGACAUUCCGCAAUUUCAGAAUUCGUGUUGCUGAUUAUAUCCGUUAUCGCAAAAUCACAUCGAAUAUGAAUGAACGUUUCCCAGAUGCAACACCAGAGGAGCUUAAUGUAAGCGAUGCGACAUGCAUUAUAUGCCGUGAGGAGAUGGUGACAGCCAAAAAGUUGCUCUGUGGACACCUUUUUCAUGUGCAUUGUCUGAGAUCUUGGUUAGAGCGGCAGCAUACUUGCCCUACAUGCAGAGCCUUGGUUGUUCCCCCUGAAAACAGGCCAGCUGGAUCUCGCCAACAUGGAACUCCAACCGAAUUUCAUCAGACUGGACCAGCAGUGGCUGGCACAUCUACUCAGGACCCCGACAGCAGUGCAGUGGGUGACAAUAUAAGUCAGCACCAGGCAAGGCUUCGAGCUGCUGCCUUGGCUGCUUCAUUAUAUGAGAAGUCAUUUGCUCCAACAAACACAUUUGUCUGGUCUUCAGAUUACGCUUUGCAGCCCCAGAUGAUUAUUCUAGAGAUGGAGAAGCAAUCAACUGGUGAAGAAGCACCGUCUGGACAACCGCCGCCAUACCAACCUUCCUUUCAAAGUCAAUACACUUUGACAUCCAUGCCUCCUGGCUCUAGUGUUAUCUUCCAUCAGAAUUCUGCUGGCAAUCCUGACCUACAACGUUCACUAUUGAAGGCGCAGGAAAAUCUUAUUCAGAGUCAGAUUGAGUUUCUGCAAGCCCGGUUGCAAAUUCUACAGCAGCAGCAGAAGGCGGAUCAUGAGGUAAACAGUGGAGAUGCAGUUCCCGCUGCCACUGAUUACAAGGGAAAGGCUGUUGCUGCAUCAAAUUCUUCUGCAUCUAUAGCUGAUUGUGGUCAACAUGGGGAGACCGAAGAUGCUGACACGGAUUAAAAUCCUGGAGACAUGGCUGGGAGGGAGCAAGACAUUCAAAAAUGUAGUGAGCUCAGCUUGGAUGAAAGUUCCCAAGCUUUUAGUACAGAAAUUCAUGUGGUGAAAGAUUUUUGAUGUUGUUUUGAGUUAUUCCUUGUGUACGUCGAAGCUAGGUUGUGCAUACUGGCCUUAUAAUCUCAAUCCUGGCGGCAUUGUUCAUCCUUACCAUGCUAAUAAUUAAUUUCUAUUUUACUACUA